GUGUGCAUACUAAGUUUGUGUUACAUGGCAGUACUUGAAAAAAUAUUAUAUCUCUGCCGUCGAAAUGGUUCAUAACGUCUAUUCUGCACUUUGAGUAGGCAACAAAUCAUUUUAUUACAAAGCUACUGCUGGAUUUUUUUUAUAUUUUCGAAAUACUUUGUUUCAGCGAGUGGGUUUUUUUUUUUUUUUAAAAUCUAGCCUACCAUUUGUGCUGUAGUUCAGGCUUAUAAAUGCUGCUGACCUACUUUAUGACCAAAAAAUAUGUCAGAAAACUUCUUCGUGACACUGUACUCUUCUGUGCGUGGUGUCGUUGUGACACAGAAGCGUGCUGGUGACAGUCUCAAUGAAUCAGCGGAGUAGCAGACGACGUUUUGAUAACCGGAUGUGACCUUGCUGCGGAGCUCAAGGCCAGCCACAGCGCCCGCCUGUGGUCGCACGUUCCGAGGACACAGACACGACACUAGGCAACUCCUGUCACACAUUGUUGUCAGCUGUGCUGUACGGCAGCUAGAGAUGUCUGCCACGAGUAAAACACCAGUUAGUGCAGAAAAUGCAUAUCCGCCUUUUCAACUCGGCAAACCUCGCUUCGAUCAGGGAACUUUCAAAGGGCGACUGAGGCACUUUUUAGAUGUGAUUGACCCCAGAACUUUGUUUACAUCAAAGGCACAGUUAGAGUAUAGCAUAAAGUUGCUAGAAGAUUAUAAAAAUGGAACUCUUCCACCUGGCAUCACUGACAAGGAAUUAUGGGAAGCACAGAAGAUAAAACAGGCUAUUAUCCAUCCAGAUACAGGAGAGAAAAUAUUCAUGCCCUUCAGAAUGUCAGGAUUUGUCCCUUUUGGAACCCCCAUGGUGGUUGGUAUGCUGCUUCCAAACCCAACUAUGAGACAGAUAAUAAUAUGGCAAUGGCUGAACCAGUCUCACAAUGCUUGUGUUAACUAUGCAAACAGAAAUGCCUCUAGCCCACACCAACUAAAGCGGUUUGUCAUGGGUUAUGUUGGUGCUGUCACCAGUGCAGUAUCCAUAGCAGCGGGUCUUAGUCUUCUUAUACGACGUGCAAGUGCCUUCAGUCACACUACAAAAAUGCUGAUUCAGCGAUUCGUGCCUUUUCCUGCUGUAGCUACGGCCAGCACGUGCAACGUGGUGCUCAUGCGCAACAGCGAACUUGUCGAAGGCAUCGAAGUGUUCGACCGCAAUGGACGGGUCAUAGGCACAUCAAAGGCCGCCGCCAAGAAGGUAAUCCUGAAAACAGCCCUGACUAGAAUGUUCCUGCCAGCACCAAUCCUUAUCAUUCCUCCUGUCGUCAUGAGCUUUCUCGAGAAGACAAAGUUUCUGAAGACAUACCCGCGCAUGCACCUGCCCAUCAACUCCGUGGUGUGCACGUUGGCCUUCGGCUUUGCACUUCCGGUAGCCAUCGCCCUCUUCCCGCAGGUGUCUCAUAUCAAGAGACAAUCGUUGGAGCCCGAGGUGCAGGAGCUGACCUCAGAUGAAGAAGUGUAUUACAACAAGGGUCUGUGAGACGGCGCCUGCUGACGUGGCAGGAAGUGGAUGCGAGGUCACGUGACGUGGUGCGCAUGACUCGACCAGUUACAAAUACGAUAAAUAAUUUUGUUGUGGUGGUGGUGGUUUAACAGCAAAAAUUCAGCACAAAAAUAUGAUCUUCAGAGGUGGUCCCAGUCACUGCGAGGACUCCCACACUUCGUCAUCGUCGUUGCUUUUGUCUUCGCCAUCUGUCAUCAUCGUUAUUAUCGUUUUCAUCAUCGUUAUUAUCACUAUCACCACAGUUUCGAAAAUUGUUUAUCAGCAUUUUUAAUAAAGAUUAAAUUUUUUAGUCUAUAAAAUAUACUUUUUGUAAUUGGUCUUUUAUUUGUCAUUGUUUGGAAGCACUAAACUGCUUCCUUUUCGAAAGCGUUUUUGCUGAAAUGCAGAAAAUGCAGUGUGCCUUUUUAACUGCAGUCACAAAACAGAAAUCAUACACAUGGACCUCACUCAGGUAGUGUGACUGGCACAAGCAGUGUCUCAUUAUCUUUUUGCUAUCCCCUCCUCCUUUUUCGGAGACCUACAAAGUCUGAUGUUGCGGUGAUGUGCUAGUGACCAUUGGUUUGGCUUGGGUCUCUUCGCGAGUUCCUCGGGAUCUCCCCAAAUCAUCCUUUAUUUUCUGUAAUGAAUAAACAGGUGUGAUAAUUAGUUUAUAAAAGAGGUUAAGUUUAUUUUUGUAUACGUUAGAACACAGUUUUGACAUUCCGAGUAGAUGGCGCACGAUUUUUCGAUCACUUGACAUCUCCUUUCUGUCUCUGUAACAAACAGAGAUUGUAAACUGCUGUGUUAUAUGUAACUGAGAUAAUUUACCGUAUGUUAGCAGUAACAAACAGACUUUACUAUUUAUUAUAUGUUAUCUUUAGCAAGCAGAGAUAUUACACUGUUGAAAGUAUGUUUUCUGCAGCAAGCAGAGGAGUCCCACUGUUUACAGUAUGUUAUCUGUUUCUUUAUUAACUUCAGUCCGUGUUUUCAUACAGUUGUUGUCUCAGAAUGUAACUUUGUUGGAUUUUUUUUUUUUUUUUUUGACUCCUCUUACAGUCCGUUUUCUGAGGCUGGUCACGCUGUGAAGUCGUGGAGACGUUUCUCUGUUCGACUCGUAAUCACGUGGUUCGUUUUUUUCAAUCCUGUUACGUCCUGGGGUCAAGAGGUCGUUUCUAGUUUUUGACUCUUAACAAAAGGCAAGCUUUUUCAACCUGCUGGCUAAACAUCCCUUAAAGGCAACAUUUUUUUCACAAGCAUAACAAUGACCUUUAUGGAACGAAGUUCACAAUUUUGGUUUUAAGGUUUCAUUAAAAGCUAAUCGCGGGUUUAAACAAAUUAAAAAUUUGUUUUUGGUGAACGUGGCCUUGUCUCUGGCGACAUCACGUAAUCACGUAAUCGACAUUGACCUUUACAGUAGAAUCCCAGAGACAUAAGUACUGAGUGACCCCAUCCGUUGGAAAAGAUUGCCGUAAGUGAGAUUUACCCACGUGAUAUAUUCUUGUAGUGUUCCUUGGUAUGCCAAGUACAAGAAUACAGCACAAGCGACCCACUGCAGAGAGAUGAAAACACUUAGUAUAUUUUUAUAAUCUGUCUGUUUGCAGUUUACUGACGAAAAGUAGUGAAAGGCUUUGUUUUGUUUUAAUAAAAGUCCUCUUUAAAAAUCGUUUGACUAGGCUAUUACCCCGUUUUGUCUCUUUAAUCAGGGUUAGCCUGUUGGCGGUUUUCUAACGCUCCUGGUGGGCAAACAACAAUUUUUAAGUAGACGAGCAACAGGGUUCCAAAUUUUCUUGCCUUUUUUAUUUUGAUGUUUUUGCAUGUUUGGGGUUUGUUUUGUCGCUUAUAACGAGAGUUGCACAAUCUUACUACAGCUUGCUUUCUUGCAUUAAAGUUUUUUUCUUUCUCUUUUUUAGUUUUUUCCCCUACUCCCUAUUUUCCCGCAAGCUGUAAGUUCAUUAUCUCUACAAAAUACGGUAUUACUGUUCAUGUUUAACAUUUAAAUACAGAUAAGAAAAAUAAACUUAUUUUACACAGUAA